CUGUAGUCUACUAGAAUAGUACUAGUAUUUCUUGUUCGGGAUAAUAAACAUGCUUAGCUCGUUGCCCGUAUGUUGGUUAAGACUACAUGGUCCAUUGUUUCAAGGUGAAGUGCAGCAAGAAGCGAGUCACAGAACAUCCUCCUAUUCUUUCUAUCAAUUGCAACUCAUACAUUCCCUUGUUGGGAAGAGGUAUUAUCAUCUCCAUGGCGACUACUAUUAGAAAGACCAACUCUCUUCCCGCGAGGCUUCCCAUCUCCAUCUCACCAAACCGGAGACCGAACGAUCCCAAGAAGGAUGCAGGGUCCACUUCCAACCCCGCACUCGUCUUCCUCACGAACCUCCCAGCGUUGCGCGAUAGGAAACCGUCACAAGCCACUCUUGUCACCUUCGACUUCACUACUCGUAGAUCUCGAUGCUCCACACCCAUGUGUUGCUCUUGUUGGCAGUCGUUGAGAAUCGCCCCGCCUGCCGAUCACCCUACAAGAAGGGAAAGAGGAGACACACUCACCCACCACCCGAACAGCCCGACAAAGUUAAGGCUAGGGUGUGGUGUCGUGUUACUUGUUGGUAACGUAAGGACCCUUGAAUAAUAAAAAAAGCCCGAAGCGAUGACAUAGAUGGGCACCUCCGACGUCAUCCAAUCAUGGGCUCCUUGGCCAACGUCGCACGUCGCGGAGAAUGCCAACCACGCAUCAUUACUUAUCAGCAUCGUCAUUGUAUCGUCUUUGAACCCCGUCAUGUGCAGAUCACCCAUCGAGCGCGAGCCCAAUCUCGUCGUCCGAUCGAUAGUUCAUACAUUCCGGCCACCAGUCAGCAUCGUGAUGGGUAAAAUAUUCGUAGAUGUGCAGGAGUAGGUGAUGCAGCGAGAUGUGAAUUAAUUGCGCCGUCUAAAAGUU